AUGAAGUUUACUCCAGAAGAAGACAAACUACUGGUUGAGUUAAAGCAGAAAUAUCCUGAUGUACCGAUGAUCAAAUUGUCAAAGUAUUUUAAAGAUAGAAAUGCUAAAUCAUUGUACUAUAGAUGGGACAAACUGAACUCAACUUAUGUCCAAGGUCAAUGGGAUGAUUCAGAAAAGACUCAGCUCUUUGAAAAAGUCUUUGACAUUGCCUCAACUAAUGUUGAGUUAAUCUUGAAAUCUCUGGAUGUCAAGAGAAAGAAAAGAGAUGUUCAAAAGCAAAUAAGUAAAAUAAAGGAAAUAGCAUCCAAAGUAUACCUUGGCAUUGAUUGCCAAUUUAAUGAAGAUACAUGUAAACUGGAAAGAAAAAGAGAAUUCAAAGCGCAAGCUAAGUCCCAAAAUAAGAGAAUUAAAGUUGAAGAUACUUAUGAUGCAAUUGAUACUAUCCAAAAUAUACAUAAGACAAGCAAGAAAGGCCUUGUAAAAGAAGAAUUCAAGCAUGAAGCUGAUAACCUUCUUUCAAAUUCUUUAGAUGAAACCAGAGCUAAUGCUUUCAAAACUCUUCCUGAAGGAUUAUCACGUGACGACUUCCUUAAGCACAUAGACUCUCUACCUUCAGGAGAAGGAACUGAGUGGACUACACAGGAAGACCAGAACCUUCUCCAACUUUAUCAAGAACUUGGAUCAAACUGGACUAGAAUUUCAGUAUUUACAGAUGAUAGAAGUGCAGAGAGAUCUAAGCAACGCUUCUGCAGUUUACUUCUUUGGGGUGCUUACAACUUCCAACAAAAAAUCAAAAUCGAAACUCCCUUAAAAUCCCAUUCAAAAAGUAUUUCUACCUGCUUAAAAAUGCUCCUUAAAGAACUCACAGGAAGACAAAAAGAAAAAGGACUCACCAGUAAAAUAAAACUCGAAAGUGGAGCCAAUAUCUCCGAAUCAGACUACUCCGACAACUCAGAAUUCUGCUACUAAUUCAUACCCCAAAAACCCUCACAAAAUCUAAAAUUCCUAAAUUCCCCUAAAAUCUCCCUCUUCACCCACUAUUCCCCCACAAUUCCCUUGCCCACCCAAACUCUUCCUUCUUUCCCUGUCUGUUCCUAAAACACUGGGUUUUCAGUGGCUAAAUUUUAUUUUGAACGUAGAGUAAAGUAAGCUGGUCGUGGAAUUUUGGAAUUUUGAAUGGGAAGUUUAAGGGAAGGGGAUUUUUGGGUGAGUUUGGAGGGGGUUUGGGGGUUGGUGGGAGAGGGGUUGUGGUGGGGGAGAUUGGGAUUUUUGAGGUUUUGAUGAGGAGGGUAUUGUUGUUGUGAGAUUUUAGGAGGGAUUUUUUAGGCAUCUUUGUGAUGUAUGUUCUUUAAGGGAUCGGUUAGAAGUGAGCGUAUUUAAAUGGGAUGGACUGAAGUAUUCAUUCUAAUGAAGUUUUGGAGAGAAAACUAGGAUUUAUAUCAAAUUAGAUUUAAUAUCUGACUCAUGAAUUAUCAAUAGAAUUGAAUCAUAGACUCUCUGAUAUAAGAUCUAAGAAAUAAUUGCAUUAGAAUUUUUGGGGAGAAUCCAUUAAGUAAAAAUGGGAGCAUUUCAGCGCAAAGAUAACAGAUAGCCAGAUUCUAGGAAGAUAAUUCUGAUUUCAAAUCAGAAGAUUUUAGAAAGCAAUCACUAGAUGUUGACAGAAUUAAAAAAAUUUGAUGGUGAAAAAGGGGAGAAAUAGUCCGAAUUCCGAUAAAUUUGCAAAUAUGGAAACUGGUAGUCACAUUAAGGAUAAAGAGUUAAAGAUUUCUAGGAUUCUAAAGGUUGAUCUAGCUAUAAAUUUUACAUAGGAUGGAUACUUUGCCAAUAGCUGAGAUAAAUUAUAAUCGAUGAAUGCACUUCGAAUCCAAAUCCUCUCAAAAAUUUCAAGAUAUAGUCCCUGACUAGGAUAAAAAUUUUACCUUUACUCUUAGUAAGAACUCAGAGACUAGAUGAAAGGUUUUACAAUUUGCUCUGUAUCAAUGCUUAUCAUACUUUUCAAAAAAUCUGUCUAUGUCAACCCUUAAACUCAGAAAUGACUACAAUAGAUAAUUAUAUGCAAAAUUUGCUAUAACAUCUAAGCUGGAGAAAAUAAAGCAAAGGUAAGUCCAAAGUGGCUCAUUUUGUGCCAUAAUAAAUAAACUCAAUCUCUGUUUUGUUGCAUCUA